UCAGUUAACUGCCGGCACUGGAGCAAGCCACUUCUUGGAUAGCCCACCUUUUUUUUUCUUGUUUAUCGCGCCCUUCGGAGAUAAAUAACAAAUAUAUAUAUAACCAAUCCACUUUUAAGCGAGAGAAACACAAAAAGAUGUCGAUGCACCAGCUGCUGCUGUACUCCCUCUGCCUCUGGGCGGUGUUCGUGUUCUGUGCCCCGCAGCCCAGUGAAUCGCGUCGCGUGAUCUUCCUGAAACCCAACGGCAUCCAUCGCGGCCAGAUCCUGGCCACCCACGGCAUGGCCAAGUCCUGCCCCCAGUGCCACAUGAUCGACCAUCGCGGCAACUGCCGGCGCAUCAUAGCCUACAAUGCAGUCCAUCGCCUGCUGAUCCUGACCUUUGUGGUUCUGGCCCUGAUCUUGGCCCAGAGUCCCCGGACGACGGAGGCCCGCCGCCUGAUCUUCUACAAUCCGCACACGAAGCCCCUGACCAGCCAGCUCCUCGUCUCCCGGAGGAUCGCGAAACCCUGUCCCGCCGGCAAGAUGCGGGACCACCGGGAUCGGUGUCGUCGGGCCGUCAUCUUCGGGCGCAGCAACUGAAAAGCAAAUCUCCCCAUUUAAUGUAUACAUUUCUGCAUACAUUCCCCUACUUUUUUUUUGACCUAGCUUGUAAGCUAACUUAUUUUAGACGUAGUUGCGUCACAAUGUGACCGCCAAAAGUAUUUAUUACAUUAUUUAUUUUGUAGCCGCUAAUAAUGAUAAGUAAUAAAGUGAUGUCGAUAAAGAUAAAAACCACGCUCAAUGUUUACUUAAACCUAUUGUUAACUGAAAGUUUGCCAAUAGAUUGUUGGCUUGUCUUUGGAAUAUUUACAAAUAUUUAUUGGGUGAGAAAAAUAUAAAAUAUAACUCUGAAUAAAUGUGUAAUAUUAAAAUGCAAAUCAGUAUUACGUUUUAAAUAAAAAUCUUGUAAUUACAGCAAUAACUUUUUUUAACUUAACUUAUUUUAAUUCAGUUUGAUUAUAUCAAAGUUGUAGUUUCAAGAAUUCAGGUGACACUCAUAAUUGAAAGAAAACUCCACAGAUGACUGGUUUAUUUCCUGUAAAAUUUCGCUGUAUCCCAUGAUUCACUGAGAAACGCAGAAAUCACCUUCUGUUUUGCUUGGUAACAAGAUCCUUAGAUUGGAAAGGAAAUUCAAUAAAUUGAGCAACAUAUAUCAUAUAUAAAAUAAGAUCUUUGAAUUAUAUUUUUAAUAUCCA